CCUAAAUAAAAGUUUUGUUUCCUUUUCGAAUCAUCCCUAAUUAACAAUUCACUUUUCUUAUUUGGUGAACAAAAUGAUGCAAAAUAGUGUCAAACAAUAAUGUCUAAACAUUACAAACAAGAUUACAUUCCUAAAACGUGUGUAAAAAGAAGGGACCUUCUGUAGUUCUUUAUGGACUAGGACGGAGGGAGUAAAAUGCAAGGACAAAGGAGUAUCAUUUGUAAUCAGUCUGUCAUCUUAUCCUUUUAAAUCCAGAGGAAGAAACAGUUCGAUACUUCGAUUCUAGAUUGCAGAGGAAGAAACAUGGAGAAAAUACAGCACAGCCAGAUACAUGUAAACGGAAUCAAUAUGCACGUUGCUGAAGUAGGCCAGGGGCCGGCUAUCCUAUUUCUCCACGGCUUCCCGGAGCUGUGGUACACGUGGCGCCACCAGAUGCUCGCCCUCUCCGCCAAGGGCUACCGCGCCAUAGCUCCCGACCUUCGCGGCUAUGGAGACACUGACGCGCCGUCUUCUGCUUCCAGCUACACCUUUCUCCACAUCAUCGGCGACCUAGUCGCUCUGCUUGAUUCGUUAAGUCUCGAGAAGGUCUUCCUUGUCGGUCAUGACUGGGGUGCCUAUAUGGCCUGGAAUUUCUGCUUGCUUCGUCCGGAUAGAAUCAAGGCACUAGUCAAUUUGAGCGUUGCUUUCAGUCCGAGGAACCCUACACGGAAACCGGUUGGAUCUAUGCGCUCGCUGUUUGGUGAGGAUUACUAUAUCUGCAGAUUUCAGGAACCUGGAGAAGCAGAAGAAGAAUUUGAUCGUGCUGGUGCUGAUAGAAUAAUUAACAAAUUCUUAACAUAUCGUAAUCCAGGUCUGCUUCGAGUCCCUAAAAGUAAAGGGUUUGGGGGCUCAGCUGAUCAACCAAUAAACAAGCCUUCCUGGAUGUCUGAAGAAGAUGUGAACUAUUACGUGAGCAAGUUCCGCCAAACAGGUUUCACUGGUGGAUUGAACUACUACAGAGCUAUUGAUAUAAAUUGGGAGCUGAUGGCACCAUGGACUGGUGUGCAGAUAAAGGUUCCAGUUAAAUUUUUGGUCGGAGAUCUUGACCUGACCUAUAACACUCCUGGUGUGAAGGACUACAUAAACAAUGGUGGGUUCAAAAGAGACGUUCCAUUUCUGCAGGAGGUGGUUAUAAUGGAAGGGGUGGGACACUUCUGCAAUGAGGAAAAACCAGAAGAUAUUAAUCUGCACAUAUAUGAGUUCAUACAAAAGUUUGCCUAGCUAAAUGCUUUUGCAAAUGACAUCUCUCUUCUUUGGCGUUUCCCAUUAUUGAAUAAGGACUACUCUUACACGAGCUGUGUCACAUGCCAAAUAAGUAUUACUCCCUCCAUCUCAAAUCUCAAAUUGAUAGUCCUAUACUCUUUGCGUAGAAAUUAGGAAUGUGGGAUAAGGUUACCCAACUACUGUUUAUAUAAUGUUACAUCUUUUAAAAAUUCUAAUGUAAGGUUAAAAUCGACAUUUUAAAUAUGGACUUAACCCAAAAUGGAAAUAGGAAUAUCAAUUUGGGAGACUUAAAAGGGAAAUGACCUUGAGAUGGAGUUUGAUAAUUUUCCUUGUAUUGUAUUGUUAUAUUGAAAUAGAAUAAAAUGCAUGUAUGAUAAGGUAAAGUAAAAAAAACAUUUAUAUCUGUUCCUAUGAGAAAUACGAACUUAAGAUCA